GUCAGAUUUGUAAGUUCGACAAAUCUUGGGGGCAUUUUCGUAAUCUCGGCAGAGGUCGGCGAACACCUCCUUCCCGGUUUCCACUAUCUUGGGAUCGAGCUCAGAUCACUCCGCUUUCCCCCCUUCGUCUUCUCCCUCUCUCUCUCUCUCGAAACAUCCAUGGAAACCCCUCUGAUCACAGAAGAAGGCAGCAGCUCCGCCUAUGGCGGCGGCGAAGAUGGUGCGGGGAACGGCGGCAGGAGAUCUAAGCAGUUCCACCGGCGGUCCGACGCCAUCGCGUACGGCACUCGGUACCAGAAGGCCGCUGCCCUCGUCGAUCUCGCGGAAGAUGGUGUUGGCAUUCCUGAGGAAGUUUUGAAUGACACAACAUUCGAAAGGGCUGCAAAGUUUUACUUCAUAUUCAUCCGAUUUGAUUUUCUGUGGUCCCUCAACCUCUUCGCAUUAGUUCUGCUAAAUUUUUUGGAGAAACCUCUAUGGUGUCCAAAGUAUGGACAAGAUACUUGUGAGGAAAGAGGCUAUUUCUUUCUUGGACAGUUGCCGUACUUAACUAGUAUACAGUCACUCAUAUAUGAGGUUGUUACACUUUUGGUUCUUGCAUUCCACACGUUUUUUCCACUUACAUAUGAAGGUUUCAAACUGUUUUGGAAAAGCAGUGUAAACAAAUUGAAGGUUAUUUUUCUUGUGAUAUUAGCAUGCGAUGCCUUGGUAUAUGCUUUAUAUUUAUCUCCCGUGUCUGUUACCUUCCUUCCUUUCAGAUUAGCCCCAUAUAUUCGCGUCGCCUUUAUUACUCUGACAGUCAGGGAACUGCGGAUGUGUAUCCUCACUUUGGCUGGAAUGUUUGGAAUGUACCUCAAUGUAUUGGCUCUCUCGCUGUUGUUCCUUCUAUUUGCCAGCUGGUUAGCAUAUGUCACAUUUGAGGACACCCAACAGGGAUGGACAGUUUUCACCUCAUAUGGUGCUACAUUGUACCAAAUGUUUGUACUUUUCACUACAUCUAACAAUCCAGAUGUAUGGAUUCCUGCUUACAAGAAUUCUCGUUGGUCUUCACUAUUUUUUGUUCUUUAUGUGCUGUUGGCGGUUUACUUUCUUACAAAUCUUAUUCUUGCGGUCGUUUAUGAAAGCUUUAAAGGGCAGCUUGCAAAGCAAAUUGUUGAGAUGGAUUCUGUAAGAAAAAGUAUCUUAGAGAAGGCUUUCAGUCUGAUCGAUAAUUAUAAGCAGGGUUUUCUGAACAAAGAUCAAUGCAUUUCUCUGUUUGACGAGUUGAACAAAUACAGGUCCUUGCCUAAAACUUCAAGGGAAGAUUUUGAAUUGAUCUUCAGCGAGCUUGAUCAUAGUGGUGAUUUUAAGAUUAAUUUGGAGGAAUUCACUGACCUCUGCAAUGCUAUUGCCCUGAAGUUCCAAAAGGAACCUUCUCCUUCGUGUUUUGAAAAGUACCCAUCGUUUUACCAUUCACCCCCCUGUGAAAAGUUGAAAGCUUUUGUGCGCAGCAACCUGUUUGAGUACAUUAUAGUUUCUAUACUCAUUCUCAACCUGGUUGCUGUUAUCAUUGAAACAACGCUUGAUAUAGAGAAUAGCUCUGCGCAGAAAUUGUGGCAGAAAGUUGAGUUUUUCUUUGGGUGGAUUUAUGUAUUGGAGGUGGCUUUAAAGAUCUUUUCGGUGGGAUUUGAUGCUUAUUGGAUGGAAGGUCAAAAUCGGUUUGAUUUUGUGAUCACCUGGAUAAUUGUCAUUGGAGAGACCAUGACUUUCUUCUUCCCAUCUGGGCUUCCUUUUCUUUCAAAUGGAGAGUGGAUUCGUUACCUUUUACUUGGAAGGAUGUUGCGCUUGAUAAGGCUUUUAUUACAAGUUCAAAGUUACAAAGCUUUUGUAGCAACAUUCUUGACACUAAUUCCAAGUCUGAUGCCAUAUCUGGGGAUUAUAUUUUGUGUUCUCUGUGUUUAUUGCUCCCUUGGCUUACAGCUGUUUGGUGGAAUCGUAAACGCUGGAAACCCGAAGUUGGAAACAACUGAUCUGUUUAAUAAUGACUAUGUUCUUUUCAAUUUCAAUGACUAUCCAAAUGGUAUGGUUACUCUGUUCAAUUUAGUAGUGAUGGGAAAUUGGCAUAUAUGGAUGCAGAGCUACAGGGAUCUGACGGGAACAUCUUGGACCCUUGCGUACUUCAUCAGCUUUUACCUUGUAACAGUGUUACUCCUCCUUAAUUUGAUUGUAGCAUUUGUGCUGGAGGCCUUCUUCACAGAAAUGGAACUUGAAAAAUCCAGUGGUGAUGAAGAAGACAAGGAAACUUCUGAAAGAAAGAACCGGCCACGGCAUGUUGGUGUAAAAACGAGGAGUUGCAAUGUUGACAUUCUCCUCCACCACAUGUUAAGUGCUGAGCUGAGCGAAACCCAAAGCCGUAAAGCAUAGUUUCUCUCUUUCUAUGGAACAGUUGCUGACAGAGAGGAUGACAAUUACUCCGAGCAAACGCAGGGGAGGAAUUUGGAAUCAACUGAUGGUUAGUCCUGAUGAAAUCGUAACACGGAACAUCUUUCAUUUGCCGUUUUCGGAAACUUUAUUUGUAUUUGAAGAUUAUGUGUUUUAUGUUGGCCCCUUUGGUAGGCCAGUUGUGCCAAGCAGAUGAAUUGGUAUGAAACAAAUUGUACACGCUUGGAUGUAAUCCAAAAAUGGGACCAAAUGCACCAAUGUAAUUUUAUUUUCUUGGAUUGGUUGAUUCAAGGUGAUGCUUCCUAAGAACGAUUGUUUAAAUUUUGCUUCUUUACUA